CCGCCUCCGCUUGGGAUGGUUUCCUGCUGGCUCCGCUGUGAACGGGACUCUCGCUGCUGUGUUGGAUCCGCUUUGGACUAGACUCUCGCGACUGUGUUGGAUCCAUUGUGGAUUGAACUUUCACAGUAUCAUGUUAGAUCCGCUCGACAUCCAUUGCUUUCCUCCUCUCUAAGGUUCUCAUAGUCAUUAUUGUCACCGACGUCCCACUGGGUCAUUAUUGUCACCGAUGUCCCACUGGGUGUGAGUUUUCCUUGCCCUUAUGUGGGCCUACCGAGGAUGUCGUGGUGGUUUGUGCAGCCCUUUGAGACACUAGUGAUUUAGGGCUAUAUAAGUAAACAUUGAUUGAUUGAUUGAUAGUAAAAAUUUUAAUCAAAGGGACCAUUUGAAAACACACAUGAGAAUACACACUGGAGAAAAACCUUUUUCCUGCUCAGAAUGUGGUAAAAGUUUCAUAUUAAAUCAAAGUUUAAAAGUACACAUGAGAGUACACACUAGAGAAAAACCUUUUUCCUGCUCAGAAUGUGGUAAAAGUUUUGUCAUAAAUCAAAGUUUAAAAGUACACAUAAGAACACACACUGGAGAAAAACCUUUUCCCUGCUCAGAAUGUGGUAAAAGUUUUGCAAUAAAUCAAAGUUUAAAAGUACACAUGAGAACACACACUAGAGAAAAACCUUUUUCAUGUUCAAUCUGCGGUAAGGAUUUUACUCAAAGGCCGCAUUUCAAAGCACACAUGAGAAUACACACUGUAGAAAACCCUUUUUCAUGUUCAAUCUGCAGUAAAGAUUUUAAUCGAAAGGACCAUUUCAAAACACACAUGAGAAUACACACUGGAGAAAAAACUUUUUCCUGCUCAGAAUGUGGUAAAUGUUUUGUAAUAAAUCAAAGUUUAAAAGUACAUAUGAGAACACACACUGGUGAAAAACCUUUUAUAUGUUCAGUUUGUGGUAAAAGUUGUAUAGAAAGACAGCAAUUAAAAUUACAUAUGAGAACGCACUCUGGUGAAAAACCAUACUCCUGUACAAGCUGCAACAAAAGUUUUCGUCACCUAAAAUCUUGUACAGUACACAUGAGAAGACACACAUGAGAGAAAGUGUUGAGUUGCAGUGUGUGUGGUGAAAGAUUGUCUUCUAAGUAGCAGUGUAAGAAACACAAGUGUGCUGGUGAGAACAGCAGCAGCAAAUGAAACUGCAGGAUUUGAAAUAAACUGUCCAGACUUUCAUUUUGACUUUCUAACAACAUCAGCACAUAUAACAUGUGUGACAUCAUUGUUGUGUGUGUAACACAAUCUUGUUAAUAUGAUUCUAACAUUUAUAGAUUAGACACUUCAGUUUAGUGCUUUUAUUUCAGUCAAGUACAUGAGUUAAUAUACACAUUUGUGUAUUUUAAAAUAAACAAUAAUUUGACUGAAAGGGUGAAAAUAAACUACAUAAAAUAUGUUACAUACAAUAAACAUUUUAAGUGUAGAUAUUUAUAAUUCAGUUUUGUACUUAUUCAUAAGUGUUUUAUUUAAGUUUUUUUAAACAAUGAACUGUUUCAUAUUUUAUUUUGUAAUUGUAGAUGAUUCCAUAGAUGAACUCCUUUUAUAUGAUGUACAUAUUUGUUUUACAUGUGUUCAUACCUUUGCUUUUGAGUACACAUAAAUCCCUCUUAGUUCAUAUUUACUGGUUCACAUCUGAAACGUCUUCUGGACCACUUCUGGAAGCAUAUUAUUAUUUACUUUAUACAUGAUUUAAACAAUUGUCCCUACUACAAUUUAAAAAUGUGUGACUUUAUGAAUCAUUUGUUGGGUCUCUAUAAUCCAUUCUAUUAACUGUCUUUAUUACUCUCUUGUGUAAUAUGAAUAUUGUUGUGUGAUUGUUUUAUAUGUAUGUCCCCAGACUUUUAUGCAAUAAACAAUGUAUGCUUCCACUAAAGUUGGGUACAAUAAAUGUAGUUAAUAUUU